AUGGCCUUCUUGUGGAUCGUCUCCUGCCUCGCCUUCGUCAGCGCCGCCUACGGCUGCGGGACCCCUGCCAUCCCCCCUGAGGUGACUGGCUACGCCCGCAUCGUGAACGGAGAGGAGGCUGUGCCUCACUCCUGGCCCUGGCAGGUGUCCCUCCAGCAAUCCAAUGGUUUCCACUUCUGUGGUGGCUCCCUCAUCAACGAGAACUGGGUUGUGACUGCUGCCCACUGCAACGUCAGAACUUACCACUAUGUGAUUGCUGGAGAGCACGACAAGGGCUAUGGCUCCAGCGAGGUUGUCCAGAAGAUCAAGCCCGCUAAAGUGUUCACUCACCCCAACUGGAACCCCCGCACCAUCAACAAUGACAUCGCCCUGAUCAAGCUGUCCACCCCCAUGCGCAUGGGCAAGACUGUUUCCCCCGUGUGCAUCGCCGAGUCCAGCGAUGUCUUCAGCCCUGGCAUGACCUGUGUGACCUCUGGAUGGGGACUCACCCGCUAUAACGCUCCCAGCACCCCCAACAAGCUGCAGCAGGCCGCUCUGCCCCUUCUGUCCAAUGACCAGUGCAAAAGACACUGGGGCAGCAGCAUCUCCGAUGUGAUGAUCUGCGCUGGAGCAGCUGGAGCCACCUCCUGCAUGGGUGACUCUGGUGGCCCUCUGGUCUGUGAGAAGGACAAUGCCUGGACCCUGGUGGGUAUUGUGUCCUGGGGCAGCAGCAGAUGCUCCACCUCCACCCCCGCUGUCUACGCCCGCGUCACCAAGCUCAGAGGGUGGGUGGACCAGACUCUGGCCGCCAACUAA